AUGGCCUCUGAAGACCACAAGGAAAAGGAGCGCGCCUCCUUUUGCAAGUCCCUGUCCUCCAUGUUCAAGUCGCCCGCGGCCAAGCGCUACGACCGCAGCGAGAAGCAACACAUCUCCGACAAGGAACGGGCGAAAGCCCUGGUGGCGCAGCGGGACGCCCAGUCGCCAGGCGGACACUUUGUGCUGGGCUACGUCAAGCCGCUGAGUAUAGUUAUGGGUACGCUUCUGCCGGCGGCGGUGAGUGCUAGUCAGGGUUAA